UGAAAUUUGAUAAGUCGAUUUGGGCAAUCAUUUAAAAAGAAAAACGAUUUGCGAUGGGCAAAAAGGGUAAAGGAAAAGGCAACAAGCUGGCCAAGAUGUCCGAGGAGGAGCGGGCCCGCUAUCUCCAAAUGCGAGCCGACGCCGAAGAGGAGACGAGGCGCCGGAAAAUGCAGCUCAUUGCGAUGUACAUGAAGAACAAACUCAAGCGGGAGGACGCCUUCGGGCGGCUGAACAUGGCCAAAAUCAAUCAGGAGUGGCGCAGCAUUCUAAGGCAGGUAAAGAUUCAGGAGCUGCGAAGGGAAAUCGUCGACGUGGAGGCCUUCUUCAAGGAGGCUCUGAAGCGCAAGGACAGUGUAAUACAGCGCCUCAUAGCGCACAUCGGAUCCACGGAGGAUAUGUACGCGAAUCUGCAGCAGUCCCACAUGGAGAAUAUAAGCGGUAUCAUUGGUAUCCACCGGAGUAGGCUGGAGUUCUUUCGGAAUAUCUACGAGGAGGAUAAGCAGGCGGUUCUGGGUGAAUGGGAACAGGACUCGGCUGGCUUCCGGGAAAUGCACGCCCAGAAGCAGCUGGAAUUGGAGUGCGUAUUCUAUCAGGUGGAGGAGACCACCGAUCGGGAGAUCAAGGACAGCCACGAACGAUUCCUGGAUCGGUGUGAGGACCUUAAGAGCGGUAUGCAACUGCAGCUGGAGCAGAUCACCAGCCGUGGCGAGGCCAAGCUGGAGAAGCUCUGGCAGGACUACCAGUCGGUUCUCGCUGGCUACUGCCAGCACAUCGAGGGCUUUUACUCCGAAUAUGUGGAUCUGAAGCAGCGCGACGAGGAGGCCGCCCUGCAGAUCAGCCAACAAACCUACGACAUUGAGGACCUGAUCGAUCAGUUGGCAAACCUUCGGCUCGUCUCGGAGGAGUUCUACACUAAGCAACAGGCCCAGCUGGAGCAGCGUCAGGCCAUCAAGCAGCAAUUAACCGACCGCCUCAGAGAGCUGCGCACCUGUGUGGAGCAGGAGGUGGCCAGGGAUCACCAGACCUUCAAGCUGAUGUCCGUGGAGAGCUACAAUGCGCAGGAGACCCUGCAGGGAAUCGUCGGGAAGGGCGAGACCUUGGUUCAGCUGUCGGCGGUCUGUGCGAAAAUGGAAACCCAGCGCGAAAAGAUGUUCCUCCUUCCCGAGCUGUCGCGGGAGAUCAUUGAGAUUCGUGAAGUUGAGGACCGAUCCGACGCAUCUACUGACUUGCUCAAGGAUGAGAUAGGAGUGGUGCCGCAAAUGGACACCUUCUGGCGUCGCGUCAACAAUGUGUCCGUGGACGUGGCCUGCCUCAAGCAGCAGAAGAAGAGGUUGGAGGCGUCCAAUAGCCAACUCAAGGCGGAACUCCAGGAGUACCUGGUCAACCUGAACAUCGGAAAUGGCUCCAACAGCCACAUACACGACUACCUAUCCAGACGGCCCAAGAGCAUGUCUGUGGAUCGCGUCACGCGUCUCCAGCUGCAGCCCAAGCAGGUGAAGAGCGCCCUGCCCACUGGCCGCCGCCCGCCCCCUCCCACUCCUCCAAUAUCUCGUCCCAGCCGUGGCCGAGUGGCCGCCUUUGAGGCGAACUUCUCCAACGCGGUUCGAUCCCGGAAUCUAGCAAGGGGACGACCUGAGUUGGCCAGGAAUGAGAGGGCAUCGUAGAAAUUUGUGUCAAAAUUACUUUCUCUCUUUAGGCUAACAUGCAUAACAUUUGGAAUAUUACAAAGCGCUUUGGCGCUAAAACGCCGCUUCGAGGGCACAUGGACAUGGCGUUGCUGAAGCUCGUGUGUGCCCUUAAUCGGGAUGGAACGUUGAACCUGGCCGUGCCCCUGGGAAAGUACCGCCAAACAACGGUGAAGAACUAUCGUGAUUUCUCUCCAAUUAGAGUCCGGAAUACCUAUUUGAGCAAAAAUAAGAAUGAUAUGGCCUUUUGCAACGCCUAUCUGCAAAAAUUGCUCCAGGAUUACAGCCACAAACGGGAGGAGCAGAGGAAAGCCCAGGUUCGGGACACAUUCAAGCACAAGUCGCCCUAUUAAGAGGAUUUUCCCAAGGCGCUUUGUAAACUUCUAAAUUCUGCAAUACAAAAUUCAAACUCAACGAAGAGGCUGCUACAAAUUCAAAACUAAAUAAAUCGAGCUGCCAGAUCAGUGAAAAA